GAGGCUAUGCACACACAUCCACACUGAGGGUACGUUCACCUAAACCUUCUCUCAUCCCACUUCUUAUUAUCACCGGCCGACUGACUGACUGAGCCGCUCACCGCGGAGGAUCAUUAUCAUGAACCGUUCGCCGGACAGCAGGACUUGAGACCUUCGGUCUAUUUCUUUCAAUCUCCUCUCUAUCACGGUAGAGUGUUUUCCUCUGGCUUGUUUUUACCUUAUAAUACAUUAACUUGCGAGAUCUGCUUCAGUCGGAUUUUCUUUAACACCAGACGUAACCAUGUUGUGGAAGACGGGACUGAUCUUUCUGUGCUGGGGCUUGACGUCCGGUGAACUCCAGGAGCGACAGUCCGGUGCUCCUCCGGGUCCAACGAGGACAACUUUGAAUUUCGGCUUCGUUCCCGCUGGAGUUUACGAAACUGUCGCUUAUUACGAGCCGGGAGCCAUUGGGAUUUUAUUUAACAUGAUGCACGCGUUCCUCUUCGUGGUUCAGCCUAACCCGUUUCCUGAAGAUCUCGUCAUUAGAGUGGCAAAGGAUAAAUUCGAGGCAAUACAAUCUGAGUACCAGAAGCCAGAAAACAUUGUUCUGACUCUACAGGUGAUUUAUUAUGAUAUUGGUUUUGUGGUUUGUGCCGCUCUCGGGCUGCUGUUCACCGUACUGCUGCCGCUGGUUGGGCUUUUCUUCUGCUUGUGCCGCUGCUGUGACAACUGUGGAGGUGAGAUGCACCAGAGACAGAGAAAAAACGCAGACUGCCUUAGAGGACUCCUGACCACGCUAUUACUCACUACCACUUUCAUUAUCACGGCAGGGGUGCUUUGUGCAUAUGCAGCCAAUCAGAACCUAAGUUCUCAGCUGAAGAGUAUGAGGAGACUGGUGAAAAAUAAUUUAAAAGAUCUACACACCUUUGCCAAUCAGACACCAUCUCAAAUUGAUUACCUGAUCUCUCAGUACGGCACUGUGAAGAACCAUGUGAUCUAUGACCUGGAGAAUGUAGGUUCGCUCUUGGGUGGACGGAUACAAGAAGAGCUGGGAAAAGAUGUGCAGCCUGCGCUUGAUACAGCUCUCAGCAUGUAUGCAACAAUGCGAGACACUAAGGAUGCGCUAGAGAAUGUGAGUUUGACCUUGGAGACUUUGCAGGAUGGAACGGGCAAACUGCAGGCUAACCUGAGCGCAGUGCGUGGCAGCCUUAGCAACGCCCUUAACGAUCCCGUCUGCGCAGAUAUACGCUCACCCGCAGCCGACGUCUGCCGCAACAUACGCAGGACCCUUCCCAGGCUAGAUAUUGCAGCCAAUUACUCAUCGUUGCCUAGUGUAACCGACCAGUUAGAUAAAGUGAAUGGAGUUCUGAAGACAGAUCUCAGACGCAUUGUCGAAAAGGGAUUUACAUCAUUCAAUGACACUCCCGCUAUGGUAAUGGAGCAAACCCGAAACGUUGUUGAAGGGGUGAGAGGUCUACUGAAUGACAUUGGUUCUAACAUCACCAAUUUCACCAAGCGCUUCCCAGUUAACAGCACUCUGACCAACUUCACCAAAAUGAUAACACACACACAUUCACAGAUAGAGGACAUCUACCCACAGAUCGAUCAGAUGGAUUUCUACAGGUGGAUUUGUUGCAUCACUCUUUGCUGCAUGGUGGUGCUCAUCCUGGCCUUUAAUUUUUUGGGUCUGUUGUGCGGCAUCCUGGGAUUUGACAGGCACACAUCUCCGACCACCCGCGGCUGCGUGUCCAACACAGGAGGAAACCUGCUCAUGGCUGGUGUGGGAUUCAGCUUCAUGUUCUCCUGGGUGCUCAUGGGAGUGAUAACAACUCUGUUCUUGGCUGGUGGAAAUCUGGAGAAGCUCUUGUGUGAACCCUUUCAAACCCGACAGCUGUUCAAGGUGCUGGAUACUCCUUACCUCAUUCAGUCUUCUAUGAAAAACUUCAUACCAGGAUAUUUGUUUAAUGACCCCGAUAUGGAUCUUACAGUGGAUUCUCUCUACAGUAACUGUAAGGACAACAGAGGGAUUUACAAAGCUCUUUACCUGGAAAAGAUCUUCAAUAUCUCAGCGUUCUUUAACACCAGUAUUUACUCCAAAGACGUGUCGAGGAAGUUUGAAGAGAUGAAGGUGGACUUGCGGGGCAUCGUUCUCCUGGAGACUGAAGGCAAACAGAAUCUUAUCAACUACACAGAAACUGACAUUAAUAAGAUCAAAUUUGCUGCCUAUUUGGAGGAGCUUAAAAAAGGAGUGACCAGCAUAGAUCUGCUUAGUUUUGCUGGUGAACUUGACACUCAAGCUGAUCAAUUGGUUAAAGGGACCUUACAGACUGCAUUAAAGGGUCAUGCUAAUACUGUGAGACAGAUCUACAACCAGCAGGUCAUCCCACUGGAGAAGUCUAUGAAAUAUGUGAAAGCAAGGAGCACGCUUAACCAAAGCAUCAGAUUCCUAGAAAGAACUUCAUCAGAUCUUCCUGUGAGAGUUACAGAGGUUUUAGCAGCCGUUGAUGCUGCCCAGUUUCUGAUUUCCCGCAAUGCAACUUGGGUGGUCAAUCAGGAAACAGAGAAAUACAAGCAGACUAUCAUUGGCUAUUUUAAACAGUACAUGGACUGGAUCAGUACAUCUCUGUCCAUGGAGGUAGCUACCUGUAAACCGUUCAGCAACAUUGUGGACACAGUCGAGAUCCUGGGCUGCAGUUUCCUGCUGGAUUCAAUGAACACAUUCUGGUUUGGACUGGGCUGUUCCACACUGUUUUUGCUUCCUAGCAUUAUCCUCUCGGUGAAGCUUGCCAAGUUUUACCGUAGAAUGGACACAGAGGAUGUUUAUGACGACAUUGAGACAAUUCCUAUGAAAACUAGGGAAAUUGGUAAUAAUGGUUAUUAUAAUGAACAGUUAGAAGGUGUCCAAAACCCUGUAAUGACAAGCAUACCUACCUAUGACACUAUGACUCGAUUCCCACGAGCCUCUGCACCCCCUCGCCAUCCCGACUGGUGACUCUUGAAAACGAGAGCCUGUUUUUAACUACAGAAAGUGCUAUUGGAAACUGGAAUUGAAGCUUUAUGGAAUCAGGUGUAUCCACAGCUCACACACAGACAACAUAUAAGAAAAGGAUACUCGCAGUUAAAGCUGGGAUAUGCUGUCCGUGCUUCCAAAACAAUUUGUUGUCUCGACCGAUCCUUUUGCACCUAUGAAAUUACAGCGCUGUUUUAUGGACAGUUCCCUUAAAGAGCUCUUCUCUGAUGUCACAUCCCGUCACAGAUUCAGGGAGGCUUCACCCUACAUGGCUGUUUUAAUGACUACACGUGUCUUUGUUUACAUUACAUGACGGGCAUAACAAUGCUAUCGCUGCUGCAUACUUUGCUUGUUUGUUGUGGUUUUUAACAUUGUGGAAGUCAUGUGCUGAAGUCAAGUCCACUGAAUUUUUACUCAGAGAUUGUAGGAGCAGUUGUUGAAACAGAGCAAGCCAGCCACCCAUAAGCCACAAAUAUAAGUAAAACAUUUGUAACAAUAGGUUUUCUAAGUGCUAACUGUAUAAGCUAAUAUUCUGUAAAGAUAGAUGUUGUCAAGCCAUUUCAAGGGUGAACAGAUUGUUGCCUUUCUUGGAUUGGUUAGCCAUGGUAGAGUUAAACUAAACAGUGUAAAGUAUGGAAAGGAUUUGGUUUAUUUGCGGUUGAGAUCAGUAAAGCAUCUGUUUGCAGCUGAUAUCUGCUAAAAUGUUUUUUGGAAAAUAUGCUUUUUUUUCCAGAUCCCCUACAGUUAAACAUUUGAUUGUUACCAUUUUGUAAUCCAUCCAGCCGAUCUCCGGUUCUGGCGCUAGCACUUUUAGCAUAGCUUAGCACAAUCCAUUGAGUCU